CUACUCUGCGCUCCGAUUAGACUAGUCUUCUUUCAAGUGUUCAAGAGAAGCAGGAAUUCAAUUUUAGCCUACGUAUAAAUAGGGAAAAUGAAGCUUGCAACUUUUGCCCUUUUGGCUGCUGCCCUGGCCGUUUGCCAUGGAGCCAGUUUCAACAGCCCAGCGCGUGGUCCGCUCAUCUGGCAAGAAGAAUUCGACAGUCUCGACUACAGCAGGUGGAAGCACUUGAUCACUGCAUGGAGAGGCGGUAACAACGAAUUCCAGUAUUACGACAACCUCCCGGAAAACAGCUAUGUUCGAGAUGGUAUCCUAUACAUCAAGCCAACCUUGACAGCGGAUCGUUUUGGAGAGGAUUUUCUGUACAACGGUGUCCUUGAUUUGAACGCUGAAGGUUGCAAUAUUAACAUCGAUGGAGGCUGCUACGUGGUGGCUGGUAAUGAAAUUAUCAAUCCGGCUCAGUCUGCCCGAAUGGUGUCCAGUGAUUCGUUCAGUUUUACUUAUGGAACAAUCGAAGUCAGAGCUAAAAUGCCUAAAGGCGAUUGGAUUUGGCCAGCAAUUUGGAUGUUGCCCACUGAUGAAGUUUACGGUGGUUGGCCACGAUCGGGUGAGAUUGACAUCGUUGAAUCCCGAGGUAACGCCGAUUUCUCGUGCAAUGGUUCUCCGAUAGGACGACAGUAUGCGGGUUGCACUUUGCAUUGGGGUCCUGAUCCCAGCCAGAAUCGUUACGACCUGACCCACUGGGAAAAGAUCACUCAGAAUCCCGAUUAUGCCAGCGAUUUCCAUCUUUACCGUGUCGAGUGGCUUCCAACUGGUUUCCAGUUCUUCAUUGAUGAUCAAAUGAUUGGUGAAAUGUAUCCCCCUGCAGGUGGAUUCUGGGAAUUGGGAGGAUUUAAAGGACAGAACCUCUGGAGCGCUGGCACUGUUAUGGCUCCCUUCGAUCAACAAUUCCAUUUUGUACUUAAUGUCGCUGUCGGUGGUAACUUCUUCCCUGAUGGCUGUCAAAAUGCCGUUUAUGACAAGCCGUGGACCGCAUCUGAUCCUACUCAAAUGAAAACUUUCUGGGAAAGCCGCGACAAAUGGCUACCCACAUGGAAUGCUGCCACUGAAGACAACACAAUGCAGGUUGAUUAUAUUCGCGUGUAUCAGCUUGGUUAAAUUGCCACAAACUGAUUUAAAAAAAAAAAAUUGAUUUUAUGGAAAGUUUAACUUGACUCUUAAAAGAAUAGAAUAAAAGAAUGCAACAUUU